GUAUAAAAGCCUCCCAUGAAACCCACAAACCAGUUCCCAUCAACUCGUUCAAGCCAAAACACCAAAAUGAAGACAUUGGUUUGCCUUUUCGUCGUCACCAUCAUCGCCACUUCGAUGGCGGACAACUUCCAUGAAAAGUUGCAAGGAUACAGCCAACAAUGCAAAGCCGUAACUGGAAUAUCCGAUGCUGCUUUGUCACAAGUCCUCAGACCCUCUGAUGACCCAAAACGCAAGGAACACAUUUUCUGUAUUUUGAAAAAAGCUGGAUUUAUGAACGACGACGGAGAUUUGCUUGUUGACGCUAUUGUGGAGGAAUACACUCAAGGAGGUUCUAAUCCUGAAGGUAUAGAAAAAGUGGUAAGGAAGUGUGCCGUGAAGAAGGAGAGUCCUCCGGAGACUGCCACCCACUUCAUCGAAUGCGUACAUCGACCCAGGCCAAAGAGAUACGUGUUGUUUAGGGAUGUCGCAGAAGAAUGUCACAAACCACACGCCAAGAUGAAGACUUUCGUUUGCUUUUGCCUCUUCGCUCUCGUCGCUAUAGCUUGGGCAACAACUCCCCAAGAAAAACUCCGGGAGUACAGCGACGCCUGCAAACCCGAAUCCGGAGUAACAGAAGAAACUCUCAACAAAGCUCGCAACCAUGAAGAUGUUGAUGACCCGAAACUCAAAGCUCAUGCUCUCUGCAUUUUGAAAAAAUCGGGAUUCAUUGGCGACAACGGACACCUCAAUGUUGACACAAUCAAAGAAAAGUUCAACAAAGCGAGCAACAAUGCCGAAGGUGUGGAAAAAUUGGUUAACAAGUGUGCUGUGAAUAAAGCCACUCCUGAGGAGACAGCAUCUGAAUUCUUCAAGUGCGUGCAUCAUGCUAGAGAAGAGGCGAAAGCUCAUUAAUAAUGUUGGAAAAUUUGGUUGUUUGAUAUGAUGGAAGUUGUCAAUAAAGUAAUAAGGAGUUA